CUCCUGAACACUACCAUUCAAAAAUAAUAAGAAUCAUGCAUCCUCUUCCUCCUCCACUCAGAUGCUUUCGGCUGGGCUACACCCUCUGCAUUUUCUUGCUCAUCACCCUAUUCAUCGGAGCUACCUCCCAAUUAUUAUCAUUAGUACCUCCCAGUUUUGCCUGUUCCGACACAACUUAUACUCCUAACAGCACAUUUCAAGCCAAUCUUAAAUCCCUUCUCAACAUCCUUUCAACCAAUAGCACCCACGAAAAUGGUUUCUACAAUUACUCCGCCGGUGGGCGCGACAACUCUGAGGACACCGCGUACGGCCUGUUCAUGUGCCGGGGUGAUGUCUCACCCGAAGAUUGCGGGGCGUGUGUAAGAAAUGCUGCUGUCAUAGAGAUAUUUCGGGUAUGCCCCAACCAAAAGACUGCUGUUGUCUGGUUCGAUUUCUGUAUGUUGCGUUACUCCAACAGUUCUAUGUUCGGGAGAGCCGACCAGCAGCCUGGGAGGAUUGUAUAUUUGACAAAGAACGAUUCUCAGCCAGAUAGGUUCAUGGAGGUUGUCGGAAACACGUUGAAUGAGGUGGCCACUCGAGCGGCCGCCGGUCGAUCCGGCAAGAAAUUUGCGACUCUAGAAGCUAACUACACUGCAGCUGAGAGACUCUACAGUCUUGGGCAGUGCACGCCUGAUCUUUCCGAUUUGGAUUGUGAGAGUUGCCUGAGAGCUGCAAUCGGACAACUGCCCAAAUGUUGUUAUUCAUCACCGGGUGUAACUAUUGUCCUCCCAAGCUGUUAUGUUAGGUAUGCGGUGAAUAAUCCCUUCUACACUAGCACAGCCGCCCCUGCGCCACUACCGGCCGCCGGUCCUCUCACACCUGCUACCGGUGAAGAAAACAGGGGAAGUUCUUCUUCAAAAGUGAUUAUUGCCAUUGUACUUCCGAUCACUGGGAUUGUACUCGUCACUGCAAUCUUCUGCUUUGUAAGAAGUAGAAAUGCGAAGAAACGACAUACUAGAUUACAGAAAACAGAUAUGAAUGGAGUUUCAGCUGAAGAGUCCUCACAAUAUGAUCUUGCUAUGGUUAAAGCUAUUACAAAUGAUUUCUCCCUUAAAUGUAAAAUUGGACAAGGUGGAUAUGGUUCUGUAUACAAGGGGAUGCUUCCCAACCGACAAGAAGUAGCGGUAAAAAGGCUUUCGAAAAGUUCAAGACAAGGAGCUCAAGAGUUCAAGAAUGAGGUUGAGGUAGUUGUCAAGCUUCAACACAAAAAUUUAGUUAGGCUAUUGGGAUUUUGCUCCGAAGGAGAAGAAAAGAUACUCAUAUAUGAGUUUGUGCCAAACAAAAGUCUUGACUACUUUUUAUUUGAUGUUGACAAACAAUAUCUACUGGACUGGUCAAGACGUUACAAGAUUAUACGAGGAAUAGCACGAGGACUACUCUACCUUCAUGAAGAUUCUCGUCUUAAAAUCAUACAUCGUGAUCUCAAAGCAGCUAAUAUACUCUUAGAUGCAAAUAUGGAUCCCAAAAUAGCUGAUUUUGGCUUGGCAAGAAUUGUUGAAGUUGAUCAAAUUGAAGGAAAUACAAACAAAAUUGUAGGAACAUAUGGUUAUAUGUUUCCUGAAUACGCAAUGCACGGAGAGUUUUCUGUGAAGUCUGAUGUUUUCAGUUUAGGCGUUAUACUUUUAGAGAUUAUUACUGGAAAGAAAAACCGCAACAUCUCCAAAGGAAAUAGAACAGUGGACCUUCUUGGCUAUGCUUGGGAAUAUUGGAGGGAUGAUACACCAUUGGAAAUACUAGAUCCGAUUCUCACAGAGUCGUAUAAUGUGAAUGAAGUCAUCCAAUGUAUUCACAUUAGUUUGUUAUGUGUUCAAGAAGUUGCGGUUGAAAGACCUACAAUGGCAGAGGUGAUGUUGAUGCUGAGUAGUUAUUCUUCUAAUAGAUGGUCAGCACCUCGUGAACCUGCAUUUUAUCAUGGUGGAAGAGAGGAAAUUCCGAAAGAACAAUCGGAAUCAGAACAAUCUGUGAGCAUAAAUGAAGUGACAAUUUCUCAACUUCAUCCGAGAUAAGGGAGAGUGUGGUGGAAGUGUAUGUGAAGUUUAAACAUGCAUAACUGCAGAAAAUGAGAUAGGUUAAGUGUAGAUUAUAUUGCAUAUAAUUAAUUUUUUAAAGGCAUAUUUUCAAAGUCCUACAUUGAUAAA